AUGAGGCCAGUGAUCGGAAAGCUGAUGUUGUUCAAUGCGAUAUCGCAAAUUACCAUUAUCGCGGUUGGGGGUCCCGCGAUCUACUUCUACACCAACGACGCUACCAUGUAUCCCGCUGGACCGCAUUUCUCCGACGUUUUCUAUGGCUCAGUACUGGGGACCGUUGGACAGCUCUGCUCAGUGCUCGCCCUCCUUGCUUUCGGCAAGUUCAUGAAGAGUUGGAAGUAUAGGACAGUGUACUUCUCGAUGACGGCAAUGUUGGUGAUCAUGCAGCUAGGCGACCCUAUUAUUUUCUCUCGACUAAAUGUCCGUAUCGGAAUCCCCGAUCAGGUCUUCGCUAUAGGCAGCACAGCCUUAGUGGCCGCAGUGUCUAUGAUACAGUUCAUGCCAGGGUUCCUCAUCCUGUCUCAUUUAUGCCCUAAGAAUAUGGAAGCUACUAUGUUCGCCUUAUUGGCAUCGUUAUCGAACUAUGCCCAGAAUGUUACACGCCCUAUUGCAGGCUUCAUCAGUCAAUCUUUGGGAGUUGUCCCACGAGGCCUACCUGGUGUUGACGAAUCGGAGCAGUUUGACAACCUCUGGAUUGUGUCAUUGAUACUGAUAGGCUUAAGUGCCACGUCGCUCUUCUUUCUCUGGUUGAUACCUAAUGCCAGGAUGAACGAGCGUAUCAUGGCCGACGGUGAUGAUACCUCGGCUACUUCUGGUUCACUAUUCGAGAGGUGGAUGCGAAGCAGACGCGGUUCCACAGGGGAAGUAGAGGUCGAAUCUGAGGAUCCUAAGCUCACUAUUGAGGAAGAGAGGAAUCCUAUUAUUUAGGUUUGAUUGGAUUUCGUCGCAUAAAGGAUAUAUCACUGUCUAGUGUCUAGAGAGCUUGUGUCGAAUCAUUAUUCUUUGUUGUGAGAUUUCAUGGGGCGUGAUGGCGCUAAUGGAUUUCAGGGCUUACAGUCGCCGAUCUAUACGACGAGUGAUUCCUACUAGGCCGGUGUACAAUCCAUUAUUAGUCGCCGAGAGUCGUUGCCCCUUAUAAUGGCAGUCUUAACGUCGUAAUAUUAUCGAAUAUUGAUUAUCCGCUUUCGAUUCAUCUCGUGAUAUUUGGUCGCGGUCUUGGGAGGUCUGGACUCCUUUGCAAAAAGCAAUACUGUUAUUGGUGGCACAGAGACCGUC